GGGGACCAGGCGGGCUAUGAAAAAGUAUUGCAGAAGACGGGCGCGCAAAUGCGGCGUGUGGCGCGGUUGGCGUCGGGGCAUGGUAGGGUACGCGAAGCUUCGAUUGAAGCGGCCGAACUUGGCAGCCGAGUUGCAGUCCAGCGGGGCACACAUACAUACUGAUACGCACACUAAAGCUGAACACUACCUGAGAUUCAAGCACCACGAGCACUACGAGCAGGGUUCGAGUACUUUCGGUCUAGUGACUUCGCGUAAGAAUGGAUGACUUCUUUUCUAUUUUAGAUAGGGCGAAAAAAGAUGUCGAAGAGAAGCAGCGGCAAGCAAAGCGGGCGGAAGAGGCAGCAGCUCGGCAGCAAGCGGCCGCGUCUGCUUCUGCGAGGGUCGCUGUGGUCGCGGCAAACGCUGCGUCUCGUUUCGACGCCCGUGAGCGCGGCCGAGUGCUAGAGUCUGCGAAGGCGCUGCUUGAUUGAUUGAUGUUACAAGUUCAUGCUCGUAGAUUGGUCCAAACGAGCCAGGAAGCUCAUGGACCGCCAAAACUAGGCGCUGCGGACUGAGGGAGCCGGGAGCAUCAUCCUGGAGCUAGGAAGUUCACCGGUGCACCGGGGAGCAUGCUCCGAAUUGAUGCCGGUGACCGUGUGCGUCAUGAUCCGCACGCCUCACCCUAGCUUGUCAGCUUAGGGACUCGCAAGAGGUAGUCUUAUGACGCCGACCCACGGCUUAGGUGAGCAGCGCUAGCGUUUGCGGUGAGCCGGGCCUGGGGUUCCUCCCCUCUCCGGAGGCGAGGAGCAUGGGGGUCAUUCGGGGAUCUCUCCUCGGGUGAGCGUGCGUGUCUCGUACGUUUUUGGGGCCCUGGCUUGUCCACGGCUGUCGUCCCACAUGUAACCUCUAUCAGCA